CUGAUGACACCCGGAAGUCACAUGGGGACGGCGUGUGAGUAAGCAGCAUUGAAGCAAGUCUGUAUGUCGUGACGUUUCUCCCAAAUGAGUUAUUGUCGUCUCGGGGUAAAUACGCUCCAUUAACGAUGGCCGAUUCAGGCACAGGUGAUCCCAGUGGUCAUCGCAUGCCACCACCUGGAGGAAUCGGGAGGAGCCAGCUCAUGGGCCGCCGACCACCUGCUGCCAUCUCUGGGGGCCGCCUUCCUACGAUGCGUUCUAGAGAUCUCACCCUCGGGGGAGUGAAAAAGAAAACAUUCACACCAAACAUUAUUGGCCGGAAAGUUAGAGAAGAUGUCAAGGAUGAAGGUGUGCAAAAGAGAGAGCGGAUGAAUGCGACCCGAGGCAGAGGUCCUAGAGAGAGAGGCAGGGGCCGUGGUCGCCCAGAGAUGAUCCAGUCCCACUCUAUUUUUGAACAGGGUCCAGGAGAAAUAUCAAUCAGAAAAAAAGCUUAUGAAAGUGAACGAGAUGCCCCGAGCGUAGGACCAUCCCCCAUCAUCAAUAUCAAAAAAGAGAAGAGAGAAACUGAGGAAGAGACCAAAGAAAUCCUUCGCAAGCUGGAACAAGAUGGCUUUAUAGAUGAUCCAUUCCUGAGGGGUGAAAAGAGGAGCUGCCCGGUCCAACUUCCUCUUGCUGUGUCAGGAUGGGGUUUCAAGGAGGAAUUCAGUGCUCCUACUAUUAAAAUUGAGAAGAUGGAUGAGGAUGAUCCCAUGGAACCUGCAGUGGAAAUGAAGGAAGAGCACAAGGAAAUAGCAAUAAAGAAGACUGAGGCUGCCUUUAAGCCUCCUCCACUCCCUGAGCCGGAUGUUUUGCCGGAUCUUCUUCACAAGUGGAGUCUGAGCAAAGGUGAGGAGCUGUUCUUCAUGCAACUGCCCGACACGCUGCCUGGCCAGCCGCCUACCAAGGAGUACAAGCCAAUAAAAACUGAGGUGAAAUCUGAGGACGGUCAAUCUGUCCUCCUGAAAACGGAGUCUCAGGAGGAGCAAAAUGAAGAUAACAGCUGUAAUUUGAAAGAUCUGCGAGAGGGUCUUGUUGGAAAAAUGCUGGUGCGAAAGUCCGGUCGGGUGCAGCUCAUAAUGGGACAGAUCACGCUGGAUGUGUCGCUUGGAGCAUCAUGCUCUUUCCUUCAGGAACUGGUUUCUGUUGACACUGAGGCACGAACAGGUGACAUGACUGUGUUAGGAAAUGUCAAACACAAAAUGGUUUGCUCACCAGAUUUUGAAUCUCUGCUGGAAAGCAGGUGAUGAUCGUUGAUACUCUUCAUGGUGGUCAUUUGCUCUGUUGUGUCAUAUGAAAGUGUGCUAACACUAAACUGUAAAACUUGAAACAAGACCAAAACGUUUUUGAUUGAAAAAUUCAGUGAUUUGCCAUAUUUCGAAUCUUCAAUAAUUUGACUGUACAUGGGUGUAAAUGUGUGAAUAAAAUAAUUUCUAUUAAA